AUCUUGUCCCUUUCAUCAUCACUCGUCAGACUCCUUUUAUAACUCCGGUCUUUGUCUUCUGACAUACCAGCCCCUUGAUCCGUGUCAGUCAUUGAACGCUUCUUGCACUGUGAAUCACUGCUGCCAUACUUCUCAUCAGUCUGAGACCUCUCUUCACAAUGGCGACUCAUCACUAUCAGUCUCCCGCUCUUCCAAUCAGUAUCCCUUCCAAGGCCCCAGUACCAGCAAGCCUGUAUCCCGUGGGUAGAGUAUUGGGAUCCCCUCCUGAUAUCUCCGACGCCAGCACCACUGCAGGAAGCCGUACAUCUGCCGGAUACAGUUACGCAUCUGGAAGCAUUGGCGGUGACUACGAGUCCAGCUCUGCCUCUUACUCCGGAGUUGAUGUUGUCGAUGUUUUGAACGACCGGAUGCAGAACAUGUUUGACCCAACACCGUUGGACAAGGGACUUGCAAUGCAGGCACAAGCUUCCGGACAACUGAAUGCGAAGCAGCGGGAGCUGCUUGAGCUGCAAGCCCUUGCGCAAAGGCGCCUGAAGGGCGUGCGCGCCAAUUUUGCCGAUGGUAUGAAAGUCGCCCGCGAGACCAAGCGAGAUUUGGAAUGGACACAGAAACGCGUCAAUGCAUUGAAGGCGAAAGCUGAAAAAGCCCAUCCCGAUGAAUAUCGUCGUGCGACCAAGAAAUACACUUUCGAUGACAACUGAGCGAUUGGGAAAACAUCAUGUUCUGGAUCGGACCGAGGAUCGCUUCUGGGUGGCAACAUCACCGUCAGGAAUAGUGAAAGCUGCUUUAUGGUAAUUUGAGUUAUUUGGGUUCGGUAUUCGGCGUGCUUGGGUUUGGGUUGGUUAGUUCUGGUUUGCGAUAUUGUAUGGUUGGGAGGAUUUUCUGGAAUGGCCUUCCCUCAAUCCUUCGGGGGGUGCGCAAUGUACUGCUGUAUUCAAUUCUCACCGG